AUGGAAUUUCGUGAAAAUCAAAACACUUGUGGUGGAUUAAACUUGACUCUAUACCCAAUUUAUUUGCAGUCAGGAUUAUCAAUUUCAAAAGAUUCUUAUCGGAGGUUUAUAGGUUACAGGUGUGUUGAACUUCACUUCGUUGCACUUCGUUACGUUCAACUGUUUAUAGAUUACAAUAGGUUUAUAGGUUACAGGUGUGUUGAACUCCACUUCGUUGCACUUCGUUACGUUCAACUGUUUAUAGAUUACAAUAGGUUUAUAGGUUACAGGUGUGUUGAACUCCACUUCGUUGCACUUCGUUUCGUUCAACUGUUUAUAGAUUACAGUAGGUUUAUAGGUUACAGGUGUGUUGAACUCCACUUCGUUUCACUUCGUUACGUUCAACUGUUUAUAGAUUACAGUAGGUUCAUAGGUUACAGGUGUGUUGAACUCCACUUCGUUUCACUUCGUUACGUUCAACUGUUUAUAGAUUACAGUAGGUUCAUAGGUUACAGGUGUGUUGAACUCCACUUCGUUGCACUUCGUUACGUUCAACUGUUUAUAGAUUACAGUAGGUUUAUAGGUUACAGGUGUGUUGAACUCCACUUCGUUGCACUUCGUUACGUUCAACUGUUUAUAGAUUACAGUAGGUUCAUAGGUUACAGGUGUGUUGAACUCCACUUCGUUUCACUUCGUUACGUUCAACUGUUUAUAGAUUACAGUAGGUUCAUAGGUUACAGGUGUGUUGAACUCCACUUCGUUGCACUUCGUUACGUUCAACUGUUUAUAGAUUACAGUAGGUUCAUAGGUUACAGGUGUGUUGAACUCCACUUCGUUGCACUUCGUUACGUUCAACUGUUUAUAGAUUACAGUAGGUUCAUAGGUUACAGGUGUGUUGAACUUCACUUCGUUGCACUUCGUUACGUUCAACUGUUUAUAGAUUACAGUAGGUUCAUAGGUUACAGGUGUGUUGAACUCCACUUCGUUGCACUUCGUUACGUUCAACUGUUUAUAGAUUACAGUAGGUUCAUAGGUUACAGGUGUGUUGAACUCCACUUCGUUGCACUUCGUUACGUUCGUGUCUUUGCUAUUCAAAUUCAAAAUAUCCGUUAA